AUUUUGGAGAGGUUGCACUCCAGUCAUCUGGUGCUUUUACCAUUGAAAAGUGCUUCACUGCAAGUAAUCUGUCACUAAGAGAGGCUAUAGUGUCUGAGAUGUUGGCUGUGCGAAGUGAUCUUUCCAAGACAAAACAGGGCUCUUACCUAUUAAGGAAACUAGAUAUUGACGGAUUUGCUGCGAGUCCUGAUCAUUGGAGGUCAAAACAAGCAUCCCAAGAAUCUACUUAUAAAGAUUUUUAUACCAUGUUUGGUUCCAGUGAUACGAAGUUGACGAAAAAUUAUGCCUUUCUUGCUGACACUUCAAAUAAUAAAUCAAAUAAAAAAACUGUAAAGGAAAUGAGUAAAGAAAUUGAUCAAUCCCUAGGUUCUGGUGCACCAUUUCUGAGCACCCAAAACUUCAAGAAAAACCCAAAAAAAGAAAAACACAAAAGUAAGAAAAAUGCUCAGACUAGUGGAGAUGAUGAUAACUCUAACAGGAAGAAGAAAAGGUCUAACAAGGAAAAGGUUGAAAGUGGGUUUGAUAUUGCUGCUACUGCAGCAACCAAGAAGACAUUGAAGAAACGACGAAGAGAUGGUGACCUUUCCGAGGCUUCUCUGAAGAAAGUGAAGGCAUCAAAUGCAGAGUGAAAGACAAGUUUUUUCCGUAAUGAAAUUAUUUUAAAGAGAAUGAUGGCGUAAACAUGUCAGCAGGGUCCCCAAGAUUUAAUGCGUGAAUGUUAGAAUGAUUUCCUAUUUGCUAGUAAUUUUUGUAUCAUUUUACCAUGUAGCAUAGACUAUGUAACUGGCAAAUUGCAUUAAGAAAGGUAGUUACUGCAAAGUAUGACUUUUUUUAAUCUAACGAAUUUCCUUAGCACCUCCU